AGAUUACUCUGGCUACCCCUGUCCCCCGGGCUACUGGUGCAGUGGCACUGGUCUACCUAUCCUAUGCCCUGCGGGUACCAUGAGGCCCCUCCCAGGGGCGGCAGUUGGCAGUCAGUGUGAGCCGUGUGCUGGGGGCACCUACUGCCCAGACCCCAUGUCCACAGGGCAACCCAACAUUGCUGGAAUCUCCUGUAGAGCCUCGUUCCAGUGUCCCCCUGGUGCGGUCUCAGAGAGGCUGUGUAAGGCUGGCUCCUACUGUGGGCCCCAGACUGCAGAGCCUGAAAUCUGUCCUGAAGGCUAUCUCUGUCCAGAGGGAUCUCACACCUACACCACACCAAACCAAGUUUGCACGUUUCCCUACUACUGUCCUGCCAACAGCUCUGCCAUGCUGUCCUGUGAGGGGGGCUCUGUGCCCCUCAACACCAGUGGCCCCAGAGCCUCCCAGGACAGCAGCUGUGGGCUGUGUGAGGCAGGGACCUACCGACCUCGGCUGUCCCCCCACCCUCAGUGCCUCACCUGCCCACCAGGGUACCACUGCCCUCCAGGGACAGAGCACUACCACAGCAACCCCUGUCCCCUGGGCUAUGUGUGUCCGCUGGGCUCAUCCAGUCCUGUCCCUUGCCCCCCUGGUUCUUUUGGUAAUCUCUCCAACGCUGAGCACGUGGAGGACUGCCACCCAUGUCCAACUGAUACCUUCAACCAUCUGGCUGCCCAGAGAGCCUGUUUCCCCUGCGGAAGUUCCUCUGCUGCACCCCAAGGGGCCCCUUCCUGCACCUGCCUUGGGAAGAACCGUGCUUUCCAGCACUCGGACGGCUCCUGUCUGUGUCGAACCGGCUUCAUUUUCUACAACAAUCUGGAUUUCAAGAGCUCCAGCUCCGACAGUGAACUGGACUGCCAGCCUGAGGUGAACAAGCGCUGCAGUGCGGGACAGGUGCGUCUGGCUGCGUCCAGAGAGUGUGUCUCACCCUCUCACCACUCCUGUAACAUCACCUGUGGACCUCAGGGAGGGAGUCUGGAUGUGGAAAUGGGCAUCUGCCACUGUGAGCGCUACGUAUCAGCAGAGGAGCUGUGCAACACCUCGUGCCUAUCCAGACUGCCCCACAUCUCUGCCAGGCUCUCCCCAGAUGGACAGCUGCUGCUGGGGAUCAAAGAGCCAGAUGAAAGCCGAGUGUGGAGCAGAAAAAUGCUGGAUGUUUUGGGACCAGACGUCCAUGUGAAGAACAUUGGAAACAUCCACUUUGUUCAAUUUGAUUCUGAAGGUGUAUUUGGUUGGAUUCUGAUGGACCGAAAUGUUAUUGAAAUGACCCUGACAGCGGAGCCAAUCGAAUUUAUUGACAGGCGAUCAAGGAAGAGGAGGGAUCUAGAAUCCAAGGCAGAACUUCUACACUCCGAUGUCCUCCCUCGUAUCCCCAACCCCAUAGCAUGCCUCUCCUCCAAUGACAUGCUCAUCUUCCAGCUUACCAUCAACUACAAUGACCGUCACCUCAGCCACUUCCCAGUGUAUCAGAAAGACCAUCUCUUCAAUAGCAACCCUAGCUGGGACUUUGGGGCCUUCCGGCGGCUAGAGCGACUCAUGAAGCAGACUCAGUUCAACUCGACCAGAUUUGCACACGUGUUCUCGGAGACGGGGAAGUAUGUGUUCCUGGACAACGCCAUUCCAGAGUGGAGUCUAGUGGUGGUGGUCAGUGAGAGAGGGACAGAGUGUGACCCCACUGCAGCCGUUUUCCAGCCCAUGACCCCCGCCCAACUGGUCAAGCACGGGGUCAUCAAACAACACCGGCUCAACCUGCUGCCUGACUGGGGCGCCAUCGUAGGUGUCCUGAGUCUCCUGCUUGUGCUGAUCCUGGUGCUCACCACCACAGCUCUGGUUCUGAAGCCCAGUCGGGCCAAGCUGGUGUGCCAGGGCAAACUGAGGCCUAAGUGGCGGAGCCUGGGAGAGCCCAUCCCUCCAGUGGAAUACGUCUACAGUGGAGAAAGCCUGAAUGGCCAGGGGGUGCUGGGCUGCAGGGGAGUCGGAGAGGGGGCUGAGGCUGAGGAGCCUGCAGUCUGCCGUGGAGGAGGUGACUAACUCGGAU